AUGAAUUUUAAAGUCUUCAUUAUUAUGCUGAUUUUUCUCAUUAGUGGAGGUAUUCUAUUAAUUCAUUUUAGUUCUUACUAGCAAAGUAAAAGAAUGCUAGGCAAAAUGUGAUUCUUAGAUUAAUAUUUGUAUCUAUACAUGUGCAUCAUCUCAACUGAGAUAAUCUUUAGAGAGUUAAUCGCAAUGCAAAAAAAUGUGUGAUUAAGUGAAUAAAGAAUGCAAGAGUUCUAAAUGUUAUUUAGAUAGUUGA